GCGAUCUGUUGUACGUGGUUACAGUAGAUGUAUGGAGGCCACUCGAACCAUUCACUGAAGUCACUGUUGUGGCGUUGUCAGUUGGACUCAAAGCCUCUUGUCUCUAGGUCGUGCGUGCUGUAGGGCGAAGAGUGGUGUACGUACCUGUUCCGUGCUUAUGUGAUAAAUCAGUGAAACAGGUGGAUGGACUCAGGCGGCAAAGCGGAAGAGACGAAUCCUCAGCAAAGUCCUGAGUUGCCCCUCACAGUGACAGCCACGCCUCGGCGGAAUUUGCAACAAAUUAACAUGAUAGGUGGAAGUGGUGACGGCACGAGCCAGAAUCCUAAAGGUUCCAAACUAACUCUUGUCAUUUCCAAGACUGAUAAUGACAAUAUCAACAACUUAUCGAAUAAAAAAUACGAUAAAAUCCACGAUAAAAACGAGGAGAAUCGUAGGCUGCUUAGUACUAGCGGCGUGCCUCACAAGAAGAUCCUUAUUGUGCCUUCAUUGCGUCAGGAAGCAGUUGGCGGUGUGAGGUCGAACCCCGCUGUGCUCUCGACAGUUAACAAAGACAGUGCGAGUGUCAGUGUUCCCCCGACUUCUAAUGGAGGUAUAUCAGAGAUUGUAGAUUCAAAAUUUCAGAACAAAAAUGCAUCCGGCAUUAGCGAGUUACGCCCUCCAACUUUCGUAGUAGGACUCGAACUUAAAGGGCUUGAAGAUAGUAUUCGUGCUGGACACAGUCUACCGUUAACAAUGUCAAGUCUCAGAUCCCUGAAGUUGGAGGAUGCGAAAAGCCAGCAUCCAAUCAUCACGCCGCAGGGUCCAGACUGGAGGAGCUCGUUCUGCUUCUCAGAAGUUGCGAGCCACAUGUCGGUGCGGUCCCUGGCUUCGGUCGGUAUGGGAUCCACCGAUGGUCGGAAGGUCACUAUUCGCCGAGUACCCACGUCUCCCACCGAGCUCUUCAACAUCAUUCACUCCCCCACGCCGACAGAACUGGACAUGUCAUCGGACAGCGACAGCAGUAGCUACGAUCCUUUGGACGAGGUGACAAACUACAAGUUACCGCGGAGACAGCAUUGGCCCAACAAGGCUCAGUUCAUCCUCGCAUGUGUCGGUUACUGCGUAGGACUUGGAAACCUCUGGAGGUUUCCGUACCUCUGCUAUAAGAGUGGCGGAGGUGUAUUUUUGGUGCCAUAUUUCCUCAUUCUCAUUAUAUGUGGAAUUCCAUUGCUGUACAUGGAGCUCGCUGUAGGUCAGUUCACAAGAAGAGGACCCAUCGGUGCCCUUGCUCAGAUUUGCCCACUGUUCAAAGGUGCUGGUUUGGCUAGUGUUGUCAUUUCAUUUAUUAUGUCAACAUACUACAAUGUGAUUAUUGCAUAUGCCAUUUACUAUUUCUUCACUGCAUUCAAAUCUGACUCUCCAUGGAGUUCAUGUUCAAGCCGUUGGAAUACGUACAAGUGCUGGACCACCAGAGCUGUAAACUUCAGUAAGCCAAUUGAAUCUAGGGCACCUUCUCAAGAAUUUUAUGACCACAAGGUUUUGCAAAUGAGUGAUGGAAUUGAUAACCUGGGAGUGAUCCGUUGGGAACUGGCAGCAUGUCUCAUCUUGGCCUGGAUUCUUGUCUACUUCUCAAUCUGGAAGAGUGUCAGAUCAUCUGGCAAAGUUCUCUACUUUACUGCAACAUUUCCAUAUGUGCUUAUCCUAGCAUUUCUUGCACAUUCUCUCACUCUAGAUGGAUCAGAUGCAGGUCUCAAGUACUUCUUCAAACCACAGUGGGAACUUCUUGCAGACUCUAAGGUGUGGGUGAAUGCUGCAGCUCAAAACUUCAAUUCACUUGGAAUUGCUUUUGGAUCUGUGAUGUCGUUUUCCAGUUACAAUCGAUUUAACAACCAAAUCUUGGUUGAUACUCUGGCAGUAUCUACGAUAAAUGGCUUCACCAGUAUGUUAGUAGGGAUCUUUGCAUUUGCAACUAUUGGCAACAUUGCUUCAGAGCAUGGAACAGCAAUUGAAAAUGUUGUAUCAGACGGUCCUGGAUUAAUAUUUGUAGUGUAUCCUCAAGCAAUGGCCAAAAUGCCUGCACCUCAGUUAUGGGCAGUCCUUUUCUUCUUCAUGCUGUUAUGUCUAGGUCUCAACAGCCAGGUUGCCAUUGUGGAAGUUGUGGUCACUUCCAUUCAAGAUGGAUUUCCCAAGCUCAUAAAGAAGCAUCUCAUUUGUCAUGAGAUGUUGGUUUUGAUCGUGGUUAUAAUUUCAUUCCUUUUUGGACUUCCACACAUAACAGAGGGUGGAAUCUACUUCUUCCAACUGGUAGAUCACUUCGCUGCUUCUAUCUCAAUAAUGUACCUGGCUUUCUUUGAGGUGAUUGCCAUUUCAUGGUUCUAUGGCGGUCAUCGGCUUGCCAAAAAUGUUUUAGAAAUGACGGGAAGACUGCCUUCACCCUACAUCCGGUUCUGUUGGUGGGUGGCGGCUCCAGCUCUUCUCAUGGCUGUCUGGAUUUUUAGCCUGAUUGACUACACGCCUCCAACAUACAACAAUGGUGCUUAUAGAUAUCCUGUAUGGGCAGAAACUUUAGGAUGGAUCAUUGCUUCACUUUCACUCGUAUGCAUUCCAGCACAGGCAAUUAUUGUUAUUGUGCGAACUGAGGGGAAUUCCUUACUUGAUAAACUUCGUAAAUCAGUGAAAUCAGACUUUAAUUUCUGUGAGACUUGUGGGCGAGAGAAGUGUAAGCAUAUGACUUCAGCCAGUAAAGAAGAAGAGAGAGAAAUGACAACUCUUAUUGAUAAUAAGCUGGAUACACAGAUUGUGCCAACUAAUUGUUCAUAGCAUUUGUUUCCCUUUACUGUGUUGUAACUUAAACAAAAUUUUAUGCAUUUUUUCCUGGAAGUCCAGUGAAAAUAUACAGUGUAGUUAUUUACGCUACACUUGCAGAAGAAAUGUGAGAAACUGUUUUAUUUAAUUAAGGUCGCAAGAUGCAGUUUAGACUGACGUCGUAGUGUAAGAUACUUUGGUAUAGUAUCUAAUUUCACCAAAGCAAUGAUUUUGACAAAAUAUUUUAAUGCUUGCUGUGAAUAAGAUAUGUUGUGAAGCCGUAAAUUAUAACUGGUGUCAGAAAUCAUUUAAUUUGUAUAACUUUCAUAGUAAUUACAGUGAUUAUUCUGUAAUGACAGACAAAGCCACUAGGGCAUUGCAGUUAGGCCAACAUCCUUUCAUGAUUCUGCUGAAUAUAUUUAUAUGCGUGUAAGAUGAAUCCUCAAAAUGUACCAAUGAAAUAUUGUUAUUAAUUCACUGAGAACAUUUAUCUUACCAUUAUAUUCUACCUAAGACUGCCGCAUGAAUUAUUUGAGCUUGUUGGUCCAUCUCAUAAUGCCAAAGAAUAUAGGAAUAAUUAUGUUAAUAAAAUGUAUGAUAAAUAAAUUAAUGUCGCUCUGUUCAAAUUAUGAAA